UCAGGAUUUGUCCUUCCCAAAGCUUGAGCAGAUGGAGGAGGAGGCUGCGAGGAAGAGGAAGAUGCCUUGGGCCCCCCAGGCAGGUGAGGAGGAAGUCAGUGUCCCUUUGGGCGGGUGUUGUGCUGGCUCUGUCAGCCGAGCAUGGCCCCGGCUGCAGGACAACCCCGCUGGCGCCGCCGUCCUGCCGGGGCCGGAGUUGGGGGGAUGUCCUUGGCCUUCCCUGUGGGCCGGAGGCAAAUCCCCUGCCUGUCCUUCUUGCUUCCUGCCCCAGGCCCCGAGCUGAGGACGGAGAGCCCGGAGGACAAAUCCCCCCGUGAGACCCUGGUGGGAGAGGCCGUUUUGAAGGGCUCCCCGGCGCAGGAAGGCAGCGGGGAGGAAAAGGGCCGGAGAUCCCCCCGCAGGAGGGGCUCCAAAGCCAUCCCAGGGUGCUCUGAGGAGGAAAGAGCCAGCCUGUGCCGGGAAGGCGGCUGGAGCUUGAGGGGGAGCUCUGACCUGGUGGUCCCUGAGCAGCCUCCCAGCAGGGAGAAGCUGUUCAAGUGCUUGGAAUGUGGGAAGAGCUUCACCCACAGCUCUAGCCUAAUCCGCCACCAGCAAAUCCACACUGGGGAAUGGCCCUACUCAUGUGGGGAAUGUGGGAAAAGCUUCAGGAACAGCUCCAACCUGAUCCAGCACCAGCACAUCCACACUGGGGAACGGCCCUACACAUGUGGAGAAUGUGGGAAGAGCUUCAGCCGGAGCUCCACCCUCUCCACCCACAACCGCAUCCACACUGGGAAACGGCCCUAUGCGUGUGGGGAAUGUGGGAAGGGCUUCUGGCACAACUCCGGCCUCCACAUCCACCAGCUCAUCCACACCGGGGAACGACCGUACAAGUGCUUGGAAUGUGGGAAGGGGUUUCAGAGCAGCUCCACUCUCCUCAUGCACCAGCGGACGCACACGGAUGAGAGGCCCUUCUGCUGCACCGACUGCGGGAAGGGCUUCAAGCAGAACUCCCACCUCGUCACCCACCGGCACAUCCACACCGGGGAGAGGCCCUACAAGUGUGGGGAGUGUGGGAAGAGCUUUACCCAGAACUCUACCUUGACCCAACACCAACGGACCCACCAGAGGGGCUCCAAAGCCAUCCCAGGGUGCUCUGAGGAGGAAAGAGCCAGCCUGUGCUGGGAAGGCGGACAGAGCUUGAGGGAGAGCUCUGACAUGGUGGUCCCUGAGCAACCUCCCAUCAGGGAGAAGCCCUUCAGGUGCUUGGAAUGUGGUAUGAGCUUCAGCCGGAGCUCCCACCUGCUCCGACACCAGCACAUCCACAGGGGAGAGUGGCCCUACCCAUGUGGGGAAUGUGGGAAGCGCUUCAGGAGCAACUCCAACCUGAUCCGACACCAGCGCAUCCACAGUGGGGAACGGCCGUACACGUGUGGGGAAUGUGGGAAGAGCUUCAGUCAGAGAUCCAACCUCCUCACCCACCAGCUCAUGCACACUGGAGAACGGCCCUACAAGUGCUUGGAAUGUGGGAAGAGGUUUCAGACCAGCUCAAAUCUCCUCCUGCACCAGCGGACGCACACGGAUGAGAGGCCCUUCCGCUGCACCGACUGCGGGAAGGGCUUCAACCGGAACUCUCACCUCGUCAGGCACCGGCGCAUCCACACCGGGGAGAGGCCCUACAAGUGCUUGGAAUGUGGGAAGAGCUUCACCCAGAGCUCUAACUUGACCUCACACCAAUGGACCCACCGGUAAGGGAAGCCCUACCAGUGCCCCGACUGCGGGAAGAGCUUCGGCCGCUGCUUCCACCUUGAAUGAACCCCCUGAU